AUGAAUGCUACCAAACGAAAGUUCAACGCCCUCAUCCAGGGUAUGGGUAGAUCAUCCGCUUCUACAAAAUCGAACGACACCACGAGCUUGCCUUCCGAAUCCCCUCGUCCGUCGACGACUUCCCUCCAGCCCUCCAACACGAAUUCUACAAACACGAACACAACGGCCGAUACCUCUGUAAAACCGAGCAUGUCGAUUGAAGAGGAUAUCUUAUUGAAGCGUCGGCGCCUGCAAGCACUGACCGAGAAGAAUGCCGCUACGAUCAACAGCUCUCCUUCAAUUCGUGCUACCGGAGCAGGUGCGACGACAACCUUCUCGAACGUAUCUCUGAAGAAGUGGGUUCCAAGGUCUGCCAACGUGACGGAAAUCAAGCACGCCCCAAAGUUUGCACCCAGCGACCGAAACGAGCUCCUGAAGAGACUAGCAUCGUUCCAGGAGAUUACAGACUGGACACCGAAACCCGAUGCAGUGAACGAAGUUGAAUGGGCAAAGCGAGGAUGGGUAUGCCAGGGGAAGGACCGUGUGCGGUGUUCACUCUGCAAUAAGGAGCUCGUUGUGAAGCUCAACAAACGCGAAGUUGACGGCAAGGAGGUACCUGUCCUUGUGGCAUCGGACGUCGGUAGGUUCAUGGUUGCCAGUCCUCGUUGCUACUCAGAACUGAUUGGUGAAGCAGAGGAAGCGUUAAUAGAAAGAUACUCCGAUCUUAUUGUCACGGCACAUCUGGAGGAAUGUUUAUGGAGAAAACAGGGUAUGGAGGCGUUGCGGACACGUUACGACGAGCUCUGUGCCAGGAAACCCUUCCUUCCCUAUGAAUUCAACUUGAGGUUGCCCGAGGGUCUCAUCAUCGACAGCGUCCUAGCCCAGCUGCCGGAAGACUUCUUCACAAGCCCACCGCCGACCAAGGACUCUCCGGAUCCAAAGGAGCCAAACAGAGUCGCUUUGGCUUUGGCAAUGAUGGGGUGGCAGGGUCUCACGAAUCCCCGCAUCGGUGCGGUGCCAAAUUCAGCAUCCUGCCACACAUGCUUGCGACGUCUGGGCCUUUGGAUGUUCAAGAGUAAGGAGGUCAGCGCCGACGGCGAGAUUCUCGUUCCCGCGCCAAUGGAUCAUCUUGAUCCAGUCAAGGAGCACCGUUUCUUCUGCCCUUGGAAGAAUCCUGUGGCGCAACGUCUAGGCAGCGCGAAGCCCGGCUCAGACACGACCUUGGCGGCUUGGAAGUUGCUGACGCAGGUACUGAAGAAUGACGCUUACCUUCGCGGAGCGCUCGAGGACCGGCCGAAGAACAGGUCCACGUGGCAUAAUAGAGGUGCCUCGGUGCCUUCAACGCCGGUUCGGAGGGGCGCUGCGGCACCCUUGACACCAGGGGGUUACGACUCACCGAGCGCUGCUACCGAGCCAGCUGGCGAUGAGGACGAACAGUCAAGAGAAGCUAAGGAUAAGGAGCGUUGGGCGCGUCUCAGAAGGGUGAAGAGCCUGUUUGAGUCGAAGAACGCGAAGAAGAUUCGUCGGCAGCUUAGCAGGCCGGGCACGGCGCGUUCGACCGUCUCAGGGGCGGGGGGAGACAAGGAAAAGGAGAAGGAGAAGGAGUAG